AUGGCCCCUGUGCUACCUCUACUCACGGCCCUGCUGGUGUUCGGCUAUGGUCCUGUUGGGUCUCUGGGCUGCGACCUCUCUCAAGACCACGUCCAGGUCAGCAAGGAGAACAUCGCACUUCUGCAUCAAAUGCAGAGAAUCAGCUCUUUCCGCUGUCGAAAGGACAGAAAGAACUUCGGAUUCCUACGGGAAAUGGUGGAUGGCAGCCACAUGCAGAAGGCCCAGGCCAUCUCUGUCCUCCAGGAGAUGCUCCAGGAGAUCUCCAACGUCUUUGGUACACAGCAGUCCUCUGGUGCCUGGAACACGACCCUGCUGCACGGGCUACUCAGUGGACUCCAUUGGCAGCUGGAAGACCUGGGUACCUGUUUGGUGCCAGAGAUGAAAGAGGCGGAAUCUGCCCUGGGAAUGGAGGACCCUGCACUGGCCGUGAAGAAGUACUUCCAGGGCAUCCGUCUCUAUCUCAAAGAGAAGGAAUACAGUGUCUGUGCCUGGGAGGUUGUCAGAGUGGAAAUCAGGAAAGCCUUCUCUUUAUCAACAAACUUGCUAGACAGGUUAUGAAACCAGGAUGGAGACAUGGAGUCACCUUGAAAUGAUUCUCAUUGGUGGUUAUGCAAUAUCAUAUUUCAUAUAUAACAUUGGUCAUUUCUAAAGUGUGUUUCUG